UGCAAUACUUGCAAUGCUUUGAGCUGUUAUCCCCUCCUAUUCCUAUCUACCACAUCAAAAUUGUCACAUAAUCUCAUCUUCUAAGCUAAUAAUCACACCUUCUACCUCACCACACAACUGCAUCGGACCAUGUAUUGGACCAACGAAGCCAACGCCAAGCUCUUGGUCGGUGUAUUGGAGCAGAUGCGUGGGAAGCUCAAGCUAGAUUACGAACGACUCGCCACCCACAUGGGCAGCGACUGCACCGCAUGCGCGAUUGAACAGCAGAUAGCAAAGCUCAAGCGUCAGGCGAACAACUCCAGUCCUACCAAGAGCACUGCCGGCAGCUCGGGUAACGAGUCGACCUCCAUUACUCCGUCUAGUACCCCCAAGAAGCGACAGGCUGAUAUCGCUUGCAUUUAUUCUAAGCGUUCGGCUAAGAAGGCUAAGUUGGAUGAUAAGAAUGCGUCCGUCCCUCCCUCUAAGUCGGUCACGGUGAAACGGGAUGUCGAGCCGGAUGUCGUCUUUGUUAAGACAGAGACUAAGUCUACGGUCAUGGAAAAGACCAAGGAGGAAAGAUUGUGA